AAAAAUAUUAAUUGAAAAAAUAAAUGCUAAUAAGCUUAUUUUUAAUUUUCUAAUAUAUAACAACAUCAACUUCUGCUCCUUUCGUUGCAGUUGCUUUAGAUUCCACCCAUUAAUGCAUACUAUUUCUAAGAUAGCUACUAAAGCAAAUAGUUAUGUCAAUGCAAACACAUUAUAUGUUAAUUGUAGGCUUAACUUUUACUUUGGUUGUCAUGCUGCUUUCCAACCAGAUACUAGUCCAUUACCCGCCACUGCAAUGAUGAUGCCUUUAAUAAUAGCACAAUGCAACUUCCAUGCCAUGUUGGUACUGUUAAUAUUAACAGAAUGUGUUAAUUAUACUGCUAACUAUUACUUUAUUGAUGCUGCCGAAGGAUAAUUAUAUGUAUAACUUUUCAAAUAAUAAAAAUGGUUUUAUGGUGACAUUAAUACUUUUGCCACCUAAUAUAAUGUUAAAUGUUAUGAUAUGAUAUGAUGGUACAAAACUUGCUGAUGAAGCAUAU